CCCGUGUCUCUCUUGCUAUAGAUUUCAAAUCGGAUGUCUUGAUCAACUCCAUCUGUUGGUCGAUUCAUUAGGUGAUCAAAUACUAAAUGGAAGAUGGUGUUGCGGUUCUUAGCAGGGGCAAGAACCAAGUCAUGGAACUGCCGCCUGGAUUUAGGUUCCAGCCCACUGACGAGGAGCUCAUCACCCAUUACCUGGCCAAAAAGGUUACGGAUGCCAGUUUCCAUGCCGUAGCUAUCGGGGAGGUCGACUUGAACAAGUACGAGCCCUGGGAUUUGCCUUUGAGAGCGAAGACGGGGGAGAAGGAGUGGUACUUCUUCUGCGUGAGGGACAGGAAGUACCCGACUGGACUGAGGACGAACAGGGCAACCAAGGCAGGCUACUGGAAGGCCACGGGCAAAGAUAACGCCAUCUACAGAGAGAAAAUCCUCGUUGGAAUGAAGAAGACUCUGGUGUUCUACACGGGUAGGGCUCCCAAGGGAGAGAAGAGCAACUGGGUGAUGCAUGAGUACCGACUGGAGGGCAAGUGCUACGUCCACAACCUUCCGCCCAAGAUGAUAGCAAUGAACGAGUGGGUGGUCUGCAGAAUAUUCCAUAAGAUUUCAAGCAUCAAGAAGCCGGUCAAAGCGGACGUUUCUCUCGUACCUCCGACGAAGGAAAACGAUGAUAUCAGCAAGAACGAAGCCUUUCCCACAUUCGAUUCCCCCAACGUGACCUGCUUCUCCAACACAACGGGGAUUAACGACGAGCUGUUAGAUGAGUGCUUCCGAUUCCCUUCUGCCGCGGCUCGCCAAGGUUCACUGACCCCUCGGUUCCUCUCCAUGAUGUGCCUGUCGAGCUCCUUGUGCUCGUCGGGCAUGCAGUCCCCGCCCGAUGUUAGCUCCGUGAAGAAGCAGACGAGCGGCACGGAGCUACUUAGCGCGUCGUGGGACUCAGGGUUCACCUCUGUGAUCUCUUCGAUCGUGUCCAGCGACGAAAGCGGCAAGCGGCCGUUUGCCGCCCAGGAGAUCCCAUCGGCCUCGGCCGGCCACAUACUGCUCGCCGAUCGCUGUCUCUGGAACUAUUGACGACACGGGAGGGAUAAGAGAUUCUCGCCAAUUCCUGCCUGUGGAACUUGGUUGAUCGUAUUCCACGAGAGAGACAAAAUGAGUGCGAAAAUUACGGUCAUGUUGUUUCCAUAGGAGCUUCUCAUUAGCGUUACACUAUGAGUGCAAGAGAUUGUUUUGUAUGAAUAUUGCCUUGUGUGUGUGUGUAUAUAUAUAUAUAUAUAUAUAGAGAGAGAGAGAGAGAGAGAGAGAGAGAGAAUGUGUGUGUGUGUGUGUGUGUGUGUUCGAAGUCAUCCUUUUAUGAAACGAAACGUAUUGCUUCAUUCGUCA